AUGGCGGUGGAAGAUAGAUCAUUUCCAUCGAAUGAUGCGGGACGGGCCUCAGCACCACCAGAGUUACCCUCACAGCCAGAAUCCUCAGAGGACAAGGCGGGGCUGGUAGACUUUCGUAUCAUUUCUGCCUUGCCAGAUGUUGCAGAAAUAGAGGCAUUUCCUAGCAGCAGCAUGCAACCGCCGAGCACCCCCUCACAAACUCCCUUAUCACAGUUACUAGAAAGUCAUUUCUUUCGCUUACGCAAUGCCUUAAUUCUUGCUCUUCACUCUGAGGUUUCGAAAGAGCUCGGUUCCAAGAAUCACAAGAAGCAGAAAAACACCAAAGAUGAUGAAGAAUCAGAUAACGGCGAGCCGGGUCCAAGCCAUGAUAAAUACAAAAUGAAUGGCAAACUUUGCUUUGUGCUAUCCAAAAGCCACCUUCUAGCCAUGGGAAGGACAUACUAUUCGAGCUCCGAAACGGCACAGGGACCGAUCACGUACGUGCUUCAUGUUCCAUCGGAUGCUCCCUCCAACCUGAAGUUUCAUAUGCAACACAUGACGUACAAGCUCCCAAAACAUGAAUACAAGCAUUACCCUUCGAAAACAUCAGCGUGGAAACUGGUGCCCAUUCUAGAGUCGUUACAGAAGAGGGAUGAUUUGCCCUUAAGUGAAGAAUUACUUCUGUACAGCCGGAACCCCCCUGCUCCGGUACCACUGCCAGGGCUGGACCGGCUGCUUGAGUCACUGAUACAAAACAAUCUCAAGUCGGCGUACCGUGCGCUGAAGUUGCCUGAAUACUUCAUGUGCACCAGGAUAGGACUAGAAGAGGGAAUUACGGCGUGUAUACCGGCUUUUACUCAGCGAGUUACGCUUUACAAAACAGCAGCUGGAGUUGAUCCAUUUCCGCUUAGCCAGGUUAUUCUCGAGUCUCUGUUUCGGCUUUCUGGCCAGAAGGUUUUUCUUGUUUUUGCAUCGAGGGAGAAAUUAAACGACAUGAUCGCUAGUCUUCAGCAUCUGGAUGUAUGCAUGCAAGAUGUGUUCGCAUUCCCAGGAGGCCUCAUAAGCCAACAUGAAGAGAAUGACUCAGACGGCUCGUCGCUUUGGAAGGGCCGUCGCACUCCUAACUCGAUGUUGGCUGAAUGCGACGAGGAACGGCAAGAACCAGAGGGUCUUUCAACGAGUAUGGAGUCACCUGAUAAAAUCCCCGGCCAGACGGGACCCUCGGGUGAAUCUACAGACUCUUAUCACGAGGGCCACUCAUGUUUGGCUGAUCGUCAGUCAAACCACAAAGAUACAAAACAAAGUAGCUCUUCUGGGAGCGAUUUGCCGAUUUGGCCAGAGGAUCUGCUAAUGGACAAGAGAUGUAUCACCAAUAUGACUUCUAAGUCUCGGAAGCAGUACAGGCGACAGAUCCAGGAUGAAUUGCGGAAAUAUGACGCCUCUUUUAAGGAGAUGGUACGCCUACGUGUCGAAACGAGACUCCAUGCAUUUAAUAGAUUGGAUCCAUGCAUUUAUCUUUGUGCUGCCGAGGAUCUGGCAGAAUUUAUGCCCGAAGUAUCCUGUAUACAGGCCGAAACUGUCAUUGUUGAUGGAGCAGAUCGGAUUGAUGAAGGGCUUCUUUUUGCCACAUUACCCAGCACAACCACGAGACUGAUCCUGUUUGGGGAAGAACACCGUUCUGCAAAUGAAGAGGGCAGCCAGCUGGAGAUGGAUGGUAUGGCUACAAAUGCGAGUGAGAGUAGCAUGUGGGAGAGACUGGUAGGCGGAGGCCUGCCCUGUGUCGAGGUCCCGCCAGCUGGGCUGGCAAAUUCUUAUGCACUCAGUGAUGGUGACAAGAACAGUGACUGGGAGGAUGAAAGUGACGAUGACAGUAACGACGACAGCGACGAUGAUAGUGACGAUGAUAGUGACAAUGAUAGUGACGAUGAUAGCGACGAUGAUAGUGACGAUGACAGCGACGAUGACAGCGACGAUGACAGUGACGAUUCUAGUAACGUUGUCACACUUGAGAACAUCAAAGCGUGGCGAACCUUGGAGCGAAUGGUAGGCCUUGAGAGUGUCAAGAACCAAGUGCGCUUGUUACAUCACCGAGCAGUCGAUAAUCGCGCGCGCAAAGAGAAGGGGCUGCCUCCGCGCCCUAUCCCCCACACAGGCCUUUUCUUAGGCUCUCCAGGUACCGGGAAGACAACAGUUGCAAAGCUCUACGCUAGAAUCUUGCAUCGGAUAGGAUUUGUCAAGAGGAAGUCCGUACUUGAAGUAAACGCCUCGAGUCUGGUAACUACCUGGAAUCCUCACGAUAAAUUGAAAGGUUCAAAAGGGAGGGUCUUGAUCAUCGACGACGCACAUGCACUCUGGGGUGGACCCACAUCGUACGGCGAAUCUGACUACAAGAAUGCCAUCGACGCGUUGAUUUCCCUCGUCCUGCCUGGUCAGACACCCAGCAGCAUUAUAUUGCUUGUAGGGAACGAGGACGACAUGCUGAACAUGUUUCAACAUGCCAAUCCAGGUCUCUCAACAAGGUUCCCACUGGCUUCUGCCUUCCGAUUCCCAUCCUUUUCGCUAUCUCAGUUGGAGCAGAUAUUGGACAACCGACUAAAAUCAGCUGCCAUGGGUACAUCGUCCAAUGCAAAGUCCGCUGCAUUGGCGGUUCUAGCGCAUGGUAUGGUGUCGCCUAGGUUUGGAAACGCUAGCGCGGUGGAUACACUGUUACAAAAGGCACACUUCUCGCUUGAUAAGCGAUGUAUGGAUGACCCCCAAACAGACCCAAUGGUUCUUGAGCCGGAAGACUUUUCGAAAGAUUGGAACCGUGUUUUCGAUGCCGAGAAGGAAUGCGAGAGGCUCUUUCAAGAUGUGGUCGGCAACGAUACAGUCAUGUCCGAUCUGCUUGCCAAUACCAGGGUGGCAAGGAAGGCCGUCGAGCGAAACCUCAACCCCCGAGAUUACAUCUCUUUCAAUUAUAUCUUUCGAGGAGCUCCAGGGACCGGCAAGACAACAAUGGCGCGAAACAUGGGACAGAUAUUCUACCACAUGGGUCUUCUUGCCAGCGCCGAAGUGAUUGAAUGCUCAGUGAGCGAUAUUAUCGGUGAAUAUAUCGGACAAACCGGCCCUAAAAUUAUAAGGCUUCUCAAGAGCGCGGUGGGCAAGGUCUUAUUUGUUGACGAAGCAUAUCGUCUCGGCGAUGGUUCAGAAUCACACAAUACCUACUCAAAAGAUGCUAUCGCAGAGAUUGUUGGUGCCCUUACGAGUCCCCAAUUCCAACAGAAAAUGGUCAUUAUUCUUGCCGGUUACAGUCAGGAGAUGGACGACUUUCUAGACUCGAAUCCGGGCCUGCGAAGCCGAUUUAACCGCACAAUAACGUUCCAGAGUCUGGAUGCAACAUCAUGCACCCAGCUUAUGGUGCAAUUGAUGCAGAAGCAGGGACUGGAUACUUCAAUGUUGGAGAUACCCGAAGGCGGAAUCCACAACGGACUACAGAGCAAUUUCACUACUCUAUCGCGGCUGAAAGGCUGGGGAAAUGGACGCGAUAUCCAUACAUUGAGUAUAGAUAUUUUUCGCAAGGUCUUGGACACAACGGAUAGCGAUGAUGCAUUGGUGGUGAGCAUGGACCAGGUUAUGUUGGCCCUUGGGGAGAUGAUUACUUCGAGGGGUGGUAUGCCUCCGGUAAAUCUGACCCCAAGGCCACCACCUCCGGGCUGGAAUGGGCGAGAAUGGCUAGAAAGACGUGGAUAUAAAUAA